ACAGGUAGCGCGGCGGCCGGAGGGGAACCGACGGGGCGCGCCGAGCCGAGCGGCUCCGCCGCACCGCGUGCGUUUCGGAGCGGUACCGCCGAGGGCUCCGUGCCGCCGCUCCCCCUCGAGGGGGUCGCCCCCCGGGCGGCCGCUCCGCUUCCCACGGCGCGGCUCGCUGACCCCGGCGGUCCCGUGCCCGGGCGGCCCCUCUCGGCGGCGGGCGGCGGCCUGGUGCCGGCUCGGGGGGAGGCGGAGCGGCGCCGGUCCGGCCCCUCGGGCCGGAGGGCGAUGGGCCGCGCGGGGUCGCCGCUGUAGGCGGCAGCUGCCGGGCAGCGGGGCCAUGGGCUCGGCGCCUUUGUCUGCCGAGUGAGCCGCCCCGCCGCCGCGCCGCCCGCCCUGCCCCGGCGACAUGGACGUGACCAUCUCCGAGCUGCUGGAGCUCUUCCUGCAGAGCCCCCUGGUGACCUGGGUGAAGACCUUUGGAGCGCUGGGGGGUGGCGGUGAGGACAAGCUCGGCAUGUACAUGGAGCUGGCGGACGGCGUCCUGCUCAACAGGAUCAUGCUGCAGAUAGACCCUCGGCCAACCAACCAACGUGUUAACAAGCAUGUAAAUAAUGAUGUCUAUCUUCGGGUUCAAAACCUGACCAUCUUAGUCAGAAACAUUAAGACAUACUAUCAGGAGGUCCUCCAGCAGCUGAUUGUAAUGAAUUUACCAAAUGUUCUAAUGAUUGGCAAAGAUCCUCUUUCUGGUAAAAGUAUGGAAGAAAUUAAGAAGCUGCUGUUGUUGGUUCUGGGAUGUGCUGUGCAGUGUGAAAGAAAAGAAGAGUUUAUUGAAAGAAUCAAACAGCUGGAUAUUGAAACCCAAGCUGCCAUUGUGUCACACAUUCAGGAGGUGACUCACAACCAGGAGAAUGUCUUCGACUUGCAGUGGCUGGAGCUCCCAGACAUGGCCCCAGAAGAACUGGAGUCUCUCUCCAGGAAUAUGGUGUUCCACCUCAAGAGGCUCAUUGAUGAGAGAGAUGAGUGCACAGAGGUGAUUGUAGAUCUCACUCAAGAGAGGGACUAUUUACAGUCUCAGCAACCACCAAAUCCUCUGAAGGCAUCAAGUCCAGAUUCUUCUCCAAACCCAGCCAACCCUCUUUCUAAUGAGGACAAGCAGCACCUUGCAGUUGAGCUGGCAGACACGAAGGCUAAACUGAGAAGGAUUCGGCAGGAGCUGGAAGAGAAAUCCGAGCAGCUUGUGGAUUCUAAACAUGAAGUUGAGCAGCUCACCCUAGAGCUGCAAAAAAUAAAACAAGAGAAUAUCCACCUGGCCUCAGAUGCUCGUUCUGCCCGAGCAUACAGAGAUGAGCUGGACUCCCUGAGAGAAAAGGCAAACCGUGUGGAGAGACUUGAGAUGGAACUUGUUCGGUGCAAAGAGAAACUUCAUGAUGUGGAUUUUUACAAAGCUCGCAUGGAGGAGUUAAGAGAAGAUAACAUCAUAUUAAUUGAAACAAAGGCAAUGUUAGAAGAACAGCUAACGAUGGCGAGAGCUCGUGUUGAUAAGUUGCAUGAGAUAGAGAAGGAAAAUUUGCAGUUGAAAUCCAAACUUCAUGAUGUGGAGCUGGAUCGAGACACAGACAAAAAGAGAAUUGAAGAGCUUCUGGAGGAGAAUAUGGUCUUGGAGAUUGCACAGAAACAGAGCAUGAACGAAUCUGCGCACUUAGGCUGGGAACUGGAACAACUGUCUAAAAGCACCGAUCUUGCUGAUACUAGGAAGUCCUUUGUGUUUGAGCUGAAUGAAUGUGCUUCAAGUCGCAUCCUGAAGCUAGAGAAGGAUAAUCAGAGCUUGCAGAACACAAUCCAAGAGCUGAGAGAUGCCUCCUUGACCUCCAGAGAGAGCAGCCUAAAGUUUGUGGAACUGGAAAAGGAAAAUCAACAGCUUAGCAAAAAGAUUGAGAAGUUGCAAAAUCAAAUUGAAAAAGAGAAGCAAAGUAAUCAAGAUCUGGAGACCUUGAGUGAAGAGCUGAUAAAAGAGAAAGAACAGCUACAAGUUGUCAUGGAGACUCUGAAAGCUGACAAAGACAGACAGAUAAAGGACCUUAAACAAGAAAAUGAUCACCUGAAUCAAGUGGUCUUAUCCCUGCGACAAAGAUCUCAAGUGAGCAGCGAGGCAAGAGUGAAAGAUAUUGAAAAAGAGAACAAGAUCCUUCAUGAAACCGUUACGGAAACUAGUUCCAAGGUCAACAAGCUAGAAUUUGAGAAGAAACAGUUGCAAAAGGAUUUUGACCAGGUUAAAGAAAAAGUAGAAAGAGUGGAAGAAAUGGAGAAAGAGCUCCACCGGCUGGAGAAGGAGAAUGAACAGCUCACAAAAAAGGCAACAGCAAUGAAAACAGUGACAAAAAAAGUUGAAGUUCUUCAGCAGGAAAAUUGGGAUCUGGAAAUGGAAAAUAGGAAACUCAGAAAAUCCCUGGACACAUUCCAGAACGUUUCCAUCCGGCUUGGAGACCUGGAAAGGGACAACAAGCAGUUGGAUGAAGAAAACCUGGAGCUUAGAAAAGUUGUGGAGACCAUGAGAUUUACCAGCACAAAAAUGGCACAAAUAGAAGCAGAAAACAAAGAUUUGGAGAGGGAAAAAGAGGACUUAAGGAAGAAUGUGGAAAUGUUAAAAGUGCUGAGUAAGAAAUCAGAAAGGCUGGAGCUAAGUUAUCAGAGUAUCAACUCUGAAAACCAGAGACUUCAGCAAAUGCUGGAGAAUAGCAACAAAAAGAUCCAGGAGCUGGAAAAAGAAGUACAGGCAACAGAGAGUGAAAAUCAAGUCCUUCAGAGAAACCUUGAGGAGCUGAAGAUUUCUGCCAAAAGGCUAGAAAGGUUAGAAAAAGAGAACAAAGCCCUAGAACAAGAAAUAUCUCAGCUUGAGAAGGACAAAAAACUGCUGGAGAAAGAAACAAAACGGCUUUGGCAGCAAGUGGAGCUGAAAGAUGCUAUUUUGGACGAUAGUACAGUAAAGUUGGCGGUUGCUGAGAAAGAAAACAAGACACUAGAAAAGGAAAUAGCUCAAUUCAGAGAUUCAUCUAAUAAGCUGAAAGAAUUUGAAAAGGACAACAAAGAUCUCAUAAAGCAAGUUACCAUUGAUAAAAGAACACUAGCUACACUGAGAGAGGAUUUGGUUCUGGAGAAGCUGAAAAGUCAACAGUUGUCUAGUGAGCUGGAUAAACUGAGCCUGGAACUGGAGAAGAUAGGAUUGAGCAAAGAGCUGCUGCUACAGGAUGACAAUGGCAAUGAUGACACAAAAUACAGGAUUCUGGAAAGCAAAACUGAAUCAGCACUGAAAACAACACUAGCUGUAAAAGAAGAAAAGAUUGCAGUGCUGGAAGCUCAAGUGAAAGACACCCUGAACCUGAACCAGCAGUUACAAAAUGAUCUAAAUAUGAUAAAGAAGGACUUUGAUGCACUUAAGCAGACUCAGCAGGAUGGGCAGCAAGCUCAGAAUUCACUGAAGUAUUCUACAGAGAAGCUCAUUCCCAACCACCAAAUGAAUGAGAAAUUGGAUACGGGACACCGAGAAGCUACCAUGGAACUGCUGAAACUGAAAGAUAGGGCAAUUGAAUUGGAAAGGAAUAAUGCAGCCCUGCAUACUGAGAAGCAGCUGCUUAAAGAGCAGCUGAAGCAUUUGGAAACACAGAACGUCUCCUUCAACAAUCAGAUUCUGACACUACAGAAGCAAAACAUGUUCCUUCAGGAACACAAUACUGCCCUGCAGACGCAGACUGCCAAACUCCAGGUAGAAAAUUCAACCCUCAGCUCCCAGAGUGCUUCAUUGAUGGCCCAGAAUGCUUUACUCCAGAAUCAGCAAACAGCCAAGGAGAACGAAAAUGAAAAUCUGCUGAAGCAGAAGGAGCAGCUUAAAGCUGAAUAUGAAUCAUUGCUUCAAGACCAUGAACACCUUGCUUCAUUGCAUGAACAUCAGUCCACAGAAUAUGAAUUGCUAAUAAACCAGCACAGCUGCCUGAAAACCUUGCAUAAAAACCUGGAUCUAGAACACAAAGGUCUUGGGGAGAGAUACAACAGUUUAAUGAAACAGAAGGCAGAAUUGGAUGAGUUGGAACUGGCUCUAAAAACUGAGAGGGAGGUCCUGCAAGAAGAAAGGAGAUCAAACGCGAUAACUGCUGGGGAGAAUCAGAAGCUGAGGGAGGAACUGGACAGGGUGAAUUUCUUGCACAGCCAACUAAAGGCAGAAUAUGAAGGGCUGCAUUCACACACUAAAGAACUGAAAACUUCCUUGAACAACUCUCAGCUAGAGCUGAAUCGUUGGCAGGCUCGCUAUGAUGAGCUGAAAGAACAGCACCAGUCCAUGGAUAUCUCUCUAACCAAGCUGGAUAACCACUGUGAGCUGCUGUCGCGUCUCAAGGGAAAUCUUGAAGAAGAGAAUCAUCAUCUUCUAAGUCAGAUUCAGAUGCUGAACCAGCAGAAUCAGAUGUUACUGGAGCAGAACAUGGAGAGCAAGGAUCAGUAUCAUGAAGAACAGAAACAGUACAUUGAUAAACUAAAUGCCUUAAAGAGACACAAGGAAAAACUUGAAGAGAAAAUAAUGGAUCAGUACAAGUUUUAUGAUCCUACUCCAAAAAAGAAAAACCACUGGAUUGGAGCCAGAGCCUUAGUCAAACUAAUCAAGCCAAAGAAGGAGUCUACAAGGGAGCGGUUGAAGCCAGCAACAGAGAGUCCUCCAUGGUGUUCUGAAUCCCCAGAGACAGUAAACUCUCCAUCUGCCUCACAAAAACUGAAACAUCAACAAGAAUCUCAGGAUAAUACCUCUCAAGGGUCAAACUCUGUGGAAGAAAGAGAGAACCCUGGAGGUUCUGCAACUAAAGUGCUAAUGGAUCUGAAGCAAAAGAGGAAUUCCCAUCACGGGAGCGGCAAUGAUAGUGUUGAAAUCUCAGCAGAAUCUGUGACCAAACACUCUUGUGUGGAGCUGGGUCCCAGGACUUGCUCAACCUCAGCUAUUCACCUGCACACUUCCACCCCCAUCUCCAGGCUCCCGAGCAGAACAAAAGGCUAUAAUUCAGAAGAUAAUCUGUGUGAACAGUCCCCUGAGGUAGAGUUUGCAACCACCAGACAGCAUGUGUCCAGGCCAAGCAGUCUAGAGAGCAGUAGAAAUGCAUCCAGCAGUAGUUCACCACUUAAUUUGAAAGGUUCCUUAGAUCAUAUCCAUGGUAGAACUGAGAGCCUCAGCAGUGAAGAUAUGGUGCCAAGCAGAGAGGUGCCAGCCUUGCUCCGAGACCGCUAUCCCUUUCAUUCUGCUUCUGCCAUUGUAGACCCUAGCAACAGAUAUGAGUCCUCCUUCCACAGGAAUGGUUCGGUCUCUUAUGAUAUACCUCAGAAGAGUACUCCAUCUCAGUCUUACAUGGGCAGGCAGCGCUCUGCCUCACCCGGCAGUGAGAUGGUAACCUUGGAAGAGUUCCUGGAAGAGAGCAACAGGCUAUCUCCACCAAGCCGUCAACGCAGUUUAGAUGAGAGUGAAAUGAUUUCAUUGCACCAAUUUCUAUUAGAAGCUGAUGCACUGUAUCCCUCUUGCUACACCCCAUGUCCUUCCCUCCGUCAGGAACCUUCGCAGUCGCUCGAAUCACUCCUCAUUCUUUCAUGUCCUGACAGCAUGAGACACAGAGCAGACAGGGGAAAUAGGAGAUCCACUUCACUGUAUAUCCCCAGGGACACCUCCAGUAACAGAGAGGAUUUGCUGAGUGAUUAUUUUAAGAAAGCAAAUGAGCCUUCAGCUACUGGGAACCCACUGGUUCAACCAUCAAGAAAGGAGGCUGCCAAGAUGCCCGCUGGUCAUGUUGCUCCAGCUGUAAAGAUGGCCAUGACUAGUGAAGAAGGAAGAACAGCUAAGCCUGGAAAUUACAUGAAGCCGAACCUCAGACAGGUCGAACCUGAGCCUCUGGCAAAUUCCCAGGGGCCCCUGAGGCCUCCUCAUAUGCCACAGCAGCAACCCACCAGUGGUACGCGGCAGACAGCACAGCCACAGCAGCCUGGGUCUGUUGGCAGGAGGAGCACAUCACUGAGCAGGGCAUUCAGCUUAGCCUCUGCUGAUCUCCUCAGAGCCACCGGCCCAGAGGCGUAUAGGCAGGAGAGCCCUCAGAAGUCAGUAGGAGACUUGCGUGGGGGCAAGGAUACUGUCUGUCAGUCGUCAAGAGCUUCUGUACCAACAGGCUCCCAGGCAACCUUAAGAGAGAGGCCCCAGUCAGCAAAGGUGGCAGGUUCCUUGCAAGGUGUUGAUUCUCGUUAUCGGCAGCUUGAUGCAAGGCGCCUCUCGCUGGCCCCACCAAAAGAUGAGAGGCCGCUCUCCUUCCACCAAUUUUCUGCCUCACCUACUGCAUCCACCAGCAAUCUGAAUGUGCAGCAACAGGAGCGAGUGAACCCUGGGCAACACUACUCACCCACACCACACACUCCCUCUAAAACUAAGCCUAAGCCAGCAGCUCGUACUGGGGAGGUGGCCACAAUGGGCUCUGCCAGAGCUGUUUCCACCAGCACCGAGGGAAAUACUUCCCUAGGGCAAAGCCAGGGUGAUGUUCUGCUUACCAAGUGCCAGGGCAAGCUGCCAGAUGGCAGCUGUGGGGCUUUGGAGGAGCCUGUGAGAGGAAGCAGCUCCAGCAGCACUCCUGGGUCUUCAGACCCCCAGGGGGAUCAGCAGACGGUUUGGUAUGAGUAUGGCUGUGUGUAACCUGUGGGUACAGCUCGUAGUAUGUGUUUGGCACUGCUGAUGUUGGGUAGUCCUUAUCUAGACAUUGUGCCAGGUCUUAAAAGACAUCACCUGCAUGCUGAUCUGAAUGUUCUCCAGGUACUGUUUUCUAGUUGGACAAAGUAUAAUUAAGAAAAAUAGGGAGCAAACUCCCAGCCCAUCUUUUGACACUGUUGUGCCUGAAAUGAAAUGGAAGCUUGGCCCAAUCCCACAGCAAACUUGGGACCUGAUUCUCACAAAUGCUGAGCGUUUCCAUCUGUAGAAGCAGCUUAGCAGGGUCCUCUGUCAUUGCUGCACUGUGCACCCCUCCUACCUGUAUUAAAGAAGAGUUUCACAGGUAAUACAUAUGUGCUGAAACUAGCUCCACUGUUGAUAAAUAACUUAAACCGUACUGAAAAGGUAAUAAAAAGCCAAACUUCUUCCCAGAAGACAUAACCAGACACUUGGCUUAAGUAGCUCUUUAAGUAGCUUAAAGAGAAAGCUGAAGAGCAAAAGUGUGUGGCUUUAACCAUGAAUCUGUUAAAAUCAAUUCUCCUUGCCACAGCCACAUUUUAUAGAGGUAACGUGUAGAAUUCAAGGAUCGUAUCCUAACCUUCCCAGCUGGGGUUGUAUAAACAGAGAAGGGCUAGUGUUACCACCCCACUGCCUUCCCUAUGUAGCUGCAGCUCAGUGGAUCCUUGUCUCUGAAAGCCAAGUGGUGCUGCUUUUUGAAAUUCUUAUGCAAACACUGGAACUAAUGCAGCCUUUUCAGGGGAGAUGUCGUUUGAAUUGUAAGAGUGACAUCUCAUGUACAAAAGUGACUUGUAAGUAUGUAUAUAAGGAGCUCAAGUAUUGUAUAGGAAUGCUGUGUAAAUUGUAUUAUUACAUCUGUGUGCGUGGCACCCCACAUCCUAAAUGAAAUGUGGGAUUCCAUCUUAGAAAUCUGUUUGUCUCCCAGAACUUUGCUCAGAACAGAAAGCAAAAUAAUUUUAUAUACACGUGAAAGAAAUAUACUUUUAAAUCUAUUUAUGCCCAGGAAAGUUCCUUGUACGUUUCUGUCCAGAGUGUCAUCAAUUGCUUAUGUAUAUAUGAUGAAAUGCGUAUCUUUAAUUCUGUUUCAAGUUUGUAAAGCUGUUUUUCUUGGAAUAGACUAAAUCCUCCCCUUCCCCCCAGUAAUAUUUGUUUUUCUGGUUCUGAUUUAAUCUAGUGAAAACUGAAAUCGAUUCAGCUAGGGAUGUUUUUGUUAUCUGGUAUGUAGUAAUCCCAUUCUGGAAACUACGAAAUUGUUUAUAAUAAAGAUUGAAAUAAUACAGA